UGCGCGAAUUAGGUCACAACUGUCAGGGAACACGCGCGAAACAUCCGAGACACUAAACUUCUUAGAUUUCGAUCUUCUUCCUCGAUCUUUCUAUCUUCAAUCUUGACACCCCGUAAGCUGAACGUAAUUAUUGAUCAGGUUUAGCUUCCAGAGGAGAUACUGGAUGCGAUGAACGGAAAGAGACUUUGUGAGUAAAUCCACGGGUUGCUCAGUAGAUUUCAGGUAGGCUAAUUUAAUCGUUCCCUGUUGAGCUUUGUCUCUGGUGUAGUGUCGAUCGAGUUCUAUAUGUUGCCUUCGCUCAUGAAAAACAGGGUUAGUUACUAUGUGAAGGACUGCCUGGUUGUCGAAGUACAAGUCCAUAGCGUAGUUUGCUUGAAUUCGUAAUUCCUUGAACAAAUUGUGAAUCCAAGAAAGUUCGUUUGUUGCAGCGGCCAUGGCCCUGCAUUCAGCUUCGGAUAAGGACCUAGAAAUUGUUUUCUAUUUCUUUGAUUUUCAAGAAAUGAGAGCAUCUCCAAUCUUGACUAUGUAUUCAAUUACUGAGCCUCUUGUGUCUGCGCAUGCUACCGAGUCAGAAUCACAGUAGGUUUUAACCUGUAAAAGGUUAGUAGCAAGAUAGAAAAGCCCCGUGGAACAUUUGACAGUUGGAUACUUGUCUUAAAUUUUGAAAAGCCCAAUUUCGCCACUGUUAGUAAACAGGAAAUAUGGUACGCGCCGAUGGGUGCGCGUGGAACGACUCUUCACUUUGCGACUCGCCAGUAACAGCUCAGUUGGUGAGCCAACCCGUGGAAGAGAAGAAACUUCACUUCACUGCACCAAUGGCUCGAUCUGGUUACUUAUUCGGUCUCUGUCGUCAGAUUCAGUUCACUCUAUCGUCAGAUUCAGCAAAUCGAAGAGCCGUGGAAGAAAUGGUGUCGCAACAUAGAUGAAGUGAAUCAGAUAUGUCACUCUCGUCCUCCAGUUCACUCGCCUCAUCCGCAUCGUCGCCAACUGCAACCUCUUCUUCUUCGACCUCGUGGUUCUCCGGCAUCGUUCGCGGCCGCAGGUCCUCAAGUCUCAAGAUGUCGAACAACGUGGUGCCGGUUGAGAGUGCGGGCCCGAUCAAGGCCAAAAACCAACAUCGCGGUGUUCUCUUCAAGUACGGGCCUAAGCCAAUACAGGUUGCAUUUAAAACGGGUGAUUAUAAACAACAAGUCAUAUUUAUAGGUGGGCUAACAGAUGGUUUUCUGGCAACAGACUACUUGGAACCACUGGCAAUUGCUCUGGACAAAGAGAAAUGGUCACUAGUUCAGCUGCUUCUUUCGUCAUCAUAUAGUGGGUAUGGCACCUCCACCUUGCAAGAGGAUGCUAUGGAGCUUGAUCAGCUGAUAAGUUUUCUAAUCAACAAAGAAAAUUCUGAGGGUGUGGUGCUACUUGGGCAUAGUACUGGGUGUCAGGAUAUUGUGCAUUAUAUGCGUACAAAUGCUGCAUGCUCCCGAGCAGUCAGGGCUGCCAUUUUGCAGGCUCCCGUUAGUGAUCGGGAAUACAGAGCAACUCUUCCUGAAACUGCUGCAAUGAUUGACUUGGCUUCAAGCAUCAUAGCAGAAGGCCGAGGAUCAGAGUUGAUGCCCAGGGAAGCAGAUCCGUCAUCGCCAAUAACUGCCUAUAGGUUCCACUCGCUUUGUGCCUAUAUGGGGGACGAUGACAUGUUUAGUUCUGACCUUACUGAUGACCAACUGAGGAUGAGGCUUGGGCAUUUGUCUAACACGCCUUGCCAGGUUAUCUUUUCCAUGGCUGACGAAAAUGUACCAGAGUACGUCGAUAAGAAAGCAUUGGUUGAAAGAUUGUGCAGAGCCAUGGGUGGGGCAGAGAAAGUUGAGAUUGAGCAUGGAAAUCACUGCCUUUCAAACAGAGUAGGAGAAGCUGUGCAAGCCAUUAUCGAUUUUGUCAAGAGAGAGGGACCUAAAGGCUGGGAUGAUCCAUGGAAUUAGUAUGAUCCCCUCCGUUCCCUUCAUAUAUUUUUGUUUCUCUUCCUUUCAUUACUUGAUUUAAUUCCUGUUCUUUGUCAGCUUAGCAGCUGAAAUUUUUCCCCCCUAAAAUAGAAAAAUAGAGGCUUCGUGUACUUCAUUCUUUACUUCACUCUUACAAUAUUUAAUGAAAGGUAUAUCCAACAUGAUCUUGUGAAUUGUGGUCUGUUUUUCUACAUUUUGUAAUUGUGAUUGUAAUGGAAUGUUAUGUUAUUUCCCUGAA